AUGGCAUUGUUACCAGUAGAGAGUCCUACUCCAGUAACAGACAAUGAGGACUUUUCUCCAUCACCACAAAUCACCGAAGCUGUUAUUAAAUGGUGUCUGGAUGCCUACUUCAAGCACAAGUACCCGCUCACGCCUAUUCUGGACCGCCAACAGCUCGAACAAAGCACGGUUUCAGCUGAGAGGUACAGUUUGAUAUCGGCCUGCUGUGCUAUAAUUGCAUUAUCUCCCGAGAUAUUGCCACCAUCGCAUACGCAGGAUGAUGUUACCCUUCCAUCUGCUGACUUUCUGAUAUCGGAAACUCUUCGCUCAAGGGCAUGUUGCAAGGCUGUGGAGCAUCCAUCACUAAUUCAUGUCCAAACUUCGUUCUUCCUUUAUGCAGCAUUCUUCUCGUUGGACAAGGAUAAUUCGGCAUGGUACUACCUGCAAGAGGCUAUUACCAUGUUACAGACACUGCGACUACAUGAAGAAGUCACCUUUAAUGACUUUAUGGACCCGAUUAUCUCCAUAUAUGCACGGCGUACGUUCUGGGUUUUGUUCAUCACUGAGAGAGCAUAUGGGCUGCAGAGAAAUCGCCCCAUCCGAUUGCAGGAAACCUUGGAGCUCCCAACUAUCGACCCAUUAUCGCAGGACGCAGAAAUACUACUUGGUUUCCACGAUCUUAUAUCCUUAUUUCGUCCCUUCGACUCGGACUUCAUUGCGAACUGGAACCAGUUGACUCCCUCAACAUCAGCUGACUCUGCCCGCCUGUCGCAUCUUCAGUGCCUUCUGAAGUAUUCACUGCCGAAUUUGUCAAAUCACUCCCAGGUUCAGCAAGCCGAUCUUCUCAUUUCACGUCAGUGGCUGAAAACCGUGGUGUGGAAACUUUGUGCCUCAAAGCAAGUGUUAUCUACGGGAAGCAGCGACAAUGUCAUGUCAAUCCAUUACCCUGCCAGCAUUGCGCGUGAUAUCGUUCUCAUAUCGCAGCUAGUACCGACUCAAGCUUUCGAAGCCAAUGGUAUUGGAAUUCUCGAGAAGGUAUUCGAUGUGGGAUGUUCACUAGCAGACCUCAUGAUGCUGGUGCCGCUGGACUUUCAAGCGUCUGCUGUGGAUGUCGGUGCCAUUGACACGCUGGUAGAGAUGGUGAGAAUAGUGGGGUCAAGAUUCGGAGGAAGCUACCGACAUCUCAAUAUACUUGUCGACAAGGCCAGCGGGUGUCUUCUACGGAAUAUAGAUAGAAGCUUGCCCUGGUCAUCAGGAGACGAUGAUGGAGAGGGUCAGGCUACCUAUUCAGCCACGUCUCUUUAG